CUCAAGUCCUGCGGACCUGGGGGCUUCGGGAUCUGGGCGCUAUGAAAAGUGUCUGCUCAGUCACUUCCGGUUUUUCUUCCCCCAAUCCCUCAGCUGCUGCUGCUGCUGCUCAGGAGGUCAGAUCUGCCACUGAUGGUAAUACCAGCACCACUCCGCCCACCUCUGCCAAGAAGAGAAAGUUAAACAGCAGCAGCAGCAGUAGCGGCAGUAACAGUAGUAACGAGAGAGAAGACUUUGAUUCCACCUCUCCCUCCUCUUCCACUCCUUUACAACCCAGGGAUUCGGCAUCCCCUUCAACCUCGUCCUUCUCCUGCCUGGGGGUUUCAGUGGCUGCUCCCAGCCACGUACCGAUACAGAAGAAGCUGCGUUUUGAAGACACCCUGGAGUUUGUAGGGUUUGAUGCGAAGAUGGCUGAGGAAUCCUCCUCCUCCUCCUCCUCAUCUUCACCAACUGCUGCAACAUCUCAGCAGCAGCAACUUAAAAAUAAGAGUAUAUUAAUCUCUUCUGUGGCUUCGGUGCAUCACGCAAACGGCCUAGCCAAAUCUUCUACCACCGUCUCUAGCUUUGCUAACAGCAAGCCUGGCUCUGCUAAGAAGUUAGUGAUCAAGAACUUUAAAGAUAAGCCUAAAUUACCGGAAAACUACACAGAUGAAACAUGGCAGAAACUGAAAGAAGCAGUGGAAGCUAUCCAGAAUAGUACUUCGAUUAAGUACAAUUUAGAAGAACUCUAUCAGGCUGUGGAAAAUCUCUGUUCUUACAAGAUUUCUGCAAACUUGUACAAACAGCUGAGACAGAUUUGUGAAGAUCACAUCAAAGCACAAAUUCAUCAGUUCAGAGAGGAUUCAUUGGAUAGUGUUCUUUUUCUAAAGAAGAUCGAUAGAUGUUGGCAAAACCAUUGCAGACAAAUGAUCAUGAUCAGGAGCAUUUUUUUGUUUCUGGAUAGGACUUACGUUCUUCAAAAUUCAAUGCUACCCUCCAUUUGGGAUAUGGGACUGGAGUUAUUUAGGGCUCAUAUUAUAAGUGAUCAGAAAGUCCAGAAUAAGACAAUUGAUGGCAUUCUUCUUUUGAUUGAGAGGGAAAGGAAUGGUGAAGCAAUUGAUAGAAGUUUACUCCGAAGCCUUUUAAGCAUGCUCUCUGAUCUGCAAAUUUAUCAGGAUUCUUUUGAACAACGAUUUUUGGAAGAAACUAACCGACUCUACGCAGCCGAAGGCCAAAAAUUAAUGCAGGAAAGAGAGGUUCCUGAAUAUCUUCAUCAUGUUAACAAACGUCUAGAAGAAGAAGCAGACAGACUUAUUACUUACUUAGAUCAGACCACCCAAAAGUCAUUAAUUGCUACUGUGGAAAAACAACUUCUAGGUGAACACUUAACAGCGAUUCUUCAGAAAGGUUUAAAUAACCUCCUUGAUGAAAACCGAAUUCAAGAUUUAUCUCUCCUGUAUCAGCUCUUCAGUAGAGUUCGAGGUGGCGUUCAGGUUCUCUUGCAGCAAUGGAUUGAAUACAUUAAGGCAUUUGGUAGCACUAUUGUAAUUAAUCCUGAAAAGGAUAAAACCAUGGUUCAAGAAUUGCUGGAUUUUAAAGAUAAGGUUGACCAUAUAAUUGAUAUCUGUUUCCUGAAGAAUGAAAAAUUUAUCAACGCCAUGAAAGAAGCAUUUGAAACAUUCAUUAACAAAAGACCAAACAAACCUGCUGAACUUAUAGCUAAGUAUGUAGAUUCAAAGCUUCGCGCAGGCAACAAAGAAGCUACAGAUGAAGAACUUGAGAAAAUGUUGGAUAAGAUUAUGAUUAUAUUUAGAUUUAUCUAUGGCAAGGAUGUUUUUGAGGCCUUCUAUAAGAAAGAUUUAGCCAAGCGCCUGUUAGUUGGGAAGAGUGCAUCUGUGGAUGCUGAAAAAUCAAUGCUGUCCAAACUUAAACAUGAAUGUGGAGCUGCUUUCACCAGUAAACUUGAAGGAAUGUUUAAAGACAUGGAACUUUCUAAAGACAUCAUGAUUCAGUUCAAACAGUAUAUGCAGAACCAGAAUGUACCUGGGAAUAUUGAAUUAACUGUGAAUAUCCUGACGAUGGGUUAUUGGCCAACAUACGUGCCUAUGGAAGUUCAUUUACCACCAGAGAUGGUAAAACUUCAGGAGAUUUUCAAGACCUUUUACCUAGGCAAACAUAGUGGCAGGAAACUUCAGUGGCAGUCAACCCUAGGACACUGUGUGCUAAAGGCAGAAUUUAAAGAGGGUAAAAAGGAACUCCAGGUCUCUCUUUUUCAAACACUGGUGCUGCUAAUGUUUAAUGAGGGAGAGGAGUUCAGUUUAGAAGAGAUCAAGCAGGCUACCGGAAUAGAGGAUGGAGAGUUAAGAAGAACACUGCAGUCAUUGGCUUGUGGCAAAGCUAGAGUUCUGGCGAAAAAUCCAAAGGGUAAAGAUAUCGAAGAUGGUGACAAGUUCAUUUGUAAUGAUGAUUUCAAGCACAAACUUUUCAGGAUAAAGAUCAAUCAAAUUCAGAUGAAAGAAACGGUUGAGGAACAAGCAAGCACCACAGAAAGAGUAUUUCAAGACAGACAGUAUCAAAUUGAUGCUGCAAUUGUUCGAAUUAUGAAGAUGAGAAAGACACUUAGCCACAAUCUUCUUGUUUCAGAAGUGUACAACCAGUUGAAAUUUCCAGUAAAGCCUGCUGAUCUUAAGAAGAGAAUAGAAUCCUUAAUUGACCGGGACUACAUGGAAAGAGAUAAAGAAAAUCCAAACCAGUACAAUUAUAUUGCAUAAGAUGUUGGCCUUGGAGCAUUUGGUGUCAUAAGCAGUAGCCAGUGGAUAAACUAACCUGUUAUUAUUUGACUUCUUUUAUACUACCAAUGACCAAAUGAAGCAGUGUAAUGGAAAUAGUUGAGUGACUUUUCAGUGGUUAACAUGCCCAUUUAAAGAGUAAUACUUACCUUUAAGAAGAAUGUUGUUGAACUCUUUGCAUGUUAUUUAGUAUGAUGUGCAGAAAACUCUUAAGAAAGUACCUGGUCUUCAUGAUUCCUAUUUGGAACUGGGGAAGAGGUCCCUAUGGCUAUUAAAAAAAAGAGGAGGGGGGUUCUUAUACACCAUUAAUUAUGAAGCAAAAGGUUUAUUUGCUUAAAAUGUCAUUUAAAGAUACUUAAACUGCAUGCAAACUUUAUUUACUGUACAGAGUUCUGGAUGUAUUUAUCAAAUAGAAAAACCACCCUGGACUUGGUUGUUCACCUGUUUUGUGAUUUCCCUUGAAGAGAAAAAUAAGUUG